AUGGAGGGACAUAUUGGACUAUCAGUGGUUGUUGUCACUUUGUUCCUGUGUGUAACAAGUAUUGGAGCAUGGACAGGACCUGAUUUCUGGAAUUCUCGAUAUAGUGUUCUCGGUUACCCUUCGUUCUGGGGUUUGUGGUCUGAUAGUACGACGUCAGCUGCAGGCAACUACCAUCUAGCCUCUAGUGAGUACAUUGGACGCACCUGCUCAGGGUGUAGCUGUAAUGAAAAUGACCGUGUUGUCACUGGCUGCUCCGGGAGUGUGUAUUUAAAGAAUUAUGUAUUUGACAACCUAACAACAGAGUCCUUUGCAUCACUUACCUCUGUCACAUCAAUAAAAAUUGUGAAUGUGCCAACAUUUGUGUUGAUUGAGAGGAACCUGCUCACUUCAAUGACAAGUCUAUCGGAGCUCAUCAUCACUGACACUGGACUGACAGCUGUUCCAGAUGUAUCUAACACUGCUCUGACUGAGAUAUCUUUGAUUGAGAACAGCAUCAAUAUGAUACCCAACGGCUAUUUUAGUGGUAGCAAUAUUGAGUAUCUAGGCCUUAGCAGAAAUAGUUUACGAUAUGUUCCUGGACCAGCUCUAAAAGAUGUCAACACACUUCUAUUUCUAGGUGUAGAUGAGAACCAAAUCACAGGAGUUUCUAGGACCCACCUGUCCUAUUUUGCGACGUCUCAGUUGCAACACCUUAACCUUAGUAACAAUGCCAUCAGAUAUAUCCAGCCCACAGCAUUGGCACAAAUUGGCAACCUGAAGGUUCUAGAGCUCCACAAUAACGUAUUAACAACACUAACUAAGGGAGUGUUUGCUGACAUGCCAAAUCUGCUACAUUUAGAUUUGGUAAAAAAUGACUUGACCAUUUUGGAGGAGGAUAGCGUGACAAACAUGCCGGCUUUGAUUACUUUGAAGCUUCACAGUCAAAUAAAUGGGCUUACCAACAUCUACUACAAUGCUUUUAAAAACAUAAACGGCAACCUUACAAAUCUGUGGGUGAGUGACAAUGCCCUGACCAGCUAUCCCCAUGUGGUGAUGUCUGAACAACAGUAUGACAGACUAACUAAAGUUUUUGCUGACAACAACCUGAUCACCAAUAUGACUCUCUACAGUGAUGACGGAUUUUCUCCUUCUGCUCUGAGCCUCUAUGAAAGAAGACAGAGAUCAUUCCAGCUGUGGAAGACUUCUCCUAACAUUCGCUAUAUGUACCUUCAUGCCAACCAGAUCCCAGAGAUUUUAUCGACAGACUUCUGUGAUCUGCCACUUCUUUACUACCUUGAUCUGGAUUCUAAUCUCCUCACCAACGACAAGUUUCCCGACGAUGUGCUGACCUGUCUGUCCUAUCUAAAUUAUGUGGACUUGGGCAGUAACCAGUUCCAGUACGUUCCCCAGACUGUGCGGUCAGCUAACAUGACGUCCUUAGAAACCAUCGUACUGGACAGCAAUUACAUCACCUUCAUUGAAAGAGGGACCUUCACACAGCUCCCAACUCUACUCACUUUAUCUCUCGCAAGUAAUAGUAUAGUGGUGGUUGAGAAUGAGGCUUUUCCGUCCACCAUCACAUCCAUCUCAUUGACAGGCAACUGUUUUCGAUUUACACAUGAAAAUCCCUUCACAAACCUCACAGCACUGGCCACCCUGUCCCUGUCCAGCAACCAGAUCAGUGUCAUCCCAGACACAGCCUUCACAAACUGCACUGCCCUUACCGAUCUACAGAUGGCUUCCAAUAACAUAGGCUGGCUGACAAAGGUUAUGUUUUCUGACUGUCCACUUAGUUACCGAUUUACUGCUUCCAACAAUGAUAUCGCUUAUAUAGAGGAUGGAACAUUUGCCCACAUCACUAGUACAACAUAUCUUUUGCUUCAAAGCAACAAACUAACCAAAUUUCCAAAGGGUGGAGAUUUUGCCAACUUGAAUGUGUACAGUUUAGGUCUAGGAAGCAAUCGGUUCACUGAAGUGCCAGCUGGAGUGUUCAACGGUACUACAGUUGGUAACAGUCUGGACCUGAGUAGCUCUGAGAUAUCGGUCAUCGAAACAGGAGCCUUUCAAUAUGUGUCUGUGUCUGGAACUCUGUCCUUAACAGGCAAUCCUUUGAAAACCAUCCAGGAAAAGGCAUUUCUUAGUGUCAGUUGUACAAGACUGUACAUGAAUGGAAUGCAGAUCACACACAUCCCGACAGGGGCCUUCCAGUUUGUGAGUGCUUCAUACAUCUACCUCCAGGAGAAUGCCAUCGCCUAUAUUGACAUUGCAGCUUUUGAUGGUGUCAGUGUGGGAUAUGAUUUAGAACUCUAUAGCAACCAGAUAGCAACUCUUCGAGGAAAUAUUUUUGCUAACAGCUCUACCAUCUCAAGAAAUUUAGAUCUCAGCAAGAAUUCCUUGACUUCUCUACCUAAAACAGCAUUUGAUGGGUUGUCAUAUGUUAAAGCAGUUCUGUUGGAUGAAAAUCAGAUUACAGAAUAUCCAGCAAACGCCCUGGCUAAUAGAAAUUUGGAGACAGUGGACAUGUCAGACAACCGUCUCACAGAUUUGUCUUUGGUGGCCUUCCUUAAUCAAGCCACAAUGAAAUCUCUGGAUUUGAGGAACAAUCUCAUUACCAACAUCAUCGCAGGCGUGUUUGAUCCUCUCGUCAAUCUUGAGACUCUCAACUUAAAGAACAACACCAUUGGGUAUGUCCAACCCAAUUCCUUCGCUUCCCUCGGAUCACUGAAGACAUUGGACAUGUCGGAUAACCAGAUGUACUUCUUUCCUAGUCUGCCCAAUAUGACUGAGCUGACCUCUAUUGACCUCUCCAACAACCAACUUCAGUCUUUUGAAGUAGCCACCUUUGAUGAAUUUGAAGGCAGUACAAAGUUUAAAACACUGACACUUACAGGUAACAAUGCUAUCGGAUGUGACUGUUAUAUCUACCAGACCCUGGAGAAAGUACAGGAAACCAUCGCUGGAGGAACCUGUGGCUCCCCUUCACAGGUGGCUGGCAUCCAAUUUGACUACACUACGAAAACUAAUGCAACCUACUUCUUGAAUGCAGAUGUCAACAAUUUCUUGUGUUCUCCGCUUAAUGUGGCCGCUUCAGCUGUGACCUCUAGUGAUGUUACAGUUACCUGGACACGUCCCAACAACACUGUGGCUUCUUCCUCGACAGCGACUAAUACUGAAGCAGCUGCAUGGCAGUACCAGGUCACCUGCACCGCCUCGAGUACUGGGACGUCCCAUACCCAGCUGGUUACCGCUGUCUUCACACACACCUUCACUUCUGCAAAUGGUAUCCAGGGCAACACUGAGUAUGUCUGUGUGGUGGCACUUGUUGUUGGAAGUGGGGGUAACGCUUCGACCAGUGCACCGAGUCAGCCAGGGGUCGCUACAACACAGAUUAAUUCAGUUGCAUCAGGAAACUCAUCAGCAUCUGUAAGUGAUUGGAUCCUGCCUAUAGUGUACUAUGACUUCAGUGUAUCCCAUGUUGAUUUUACUGGCUAUGAAAGCACUAUCGUAUCUCGACCAACCUUUGUACCUAGUCCAUUCGGUGCCUGGUUGAUGCGUUCAAGUACACCUACCACUGACACCUUCUCUGAAUGGUUUGUUAGUAAAUCUGGAACCAACUACGCCUUCGACAACAACAUCACACUGACUAUUAUAGCCUCAUCUCCUCCCACCCACAGAUAUAUUUCAGACAAGUUUUACCCAGUAGAUGGAACAGGCUAUGGUAACAACGAGAAGGAUUGUCUGGGUGAAGACCAUAACUUAGGGUUCACUUCAGCUAUUCGGUCUGGAUUUGUGUACCAGGGAAAUGAGACCAUUGCUGUUGGGGGUGGAGAUGACAUGUGGGUCUACCUGAAUGGUAACCUUGUUCUUGAGGUCACAGCGAGAGGGGAGGGCUCAAACAUACCCUGUAAGAAAAUAGACAUAUCAGCUGCGUCGGCAUCAGGUAAGACAUAG